AGCAAGUCUUGUCAGUUAAGAUCUUAAAGCCCAACAAGGAGCGCGUACUCAAACGCGUUCUAAAAAAUCGUAGAUUUCUUUUGUUUAUUCGUGAAACGGAAUGUGGUGAAUUUGUGGCCAGUGUUAGUGUUUAGUGUUUUUUUUUAAAGCAACCUUCGCCCACAAUGAGGUCGCUAUUGUUGCUGCUCCCGGCUCUAUCUGCGGUCUGCGGGUACAAGAUUCUGUGCGUGUUUCCAGUGCCGUCUCACAGCCACAACACCCUCGGGAGGGGCGUCGUGAAUGCGCUGUUAAAGGCUGGUCACCAGGUGACGUGGGUGACGCCUUAUCCGUUCAAGAAUGAGGACAAGAAUCUGACGCUGAUCGACUCCGAGACAGCGUCGUAUGGAAAACUUCACAACAUGGCGGACCCGAAACUGGCCAAAGCGGGCCUGUCCUUCGUGAGAGCAUUCUCUGGCAACAUCACACGAGCCACCAUCACCAACAAGAUGCUGAGAGAUGUACUGAUAAACGGACACUUCGACGCUGUGUGUACGGAAUGGUUUUUCUCUCCUCUUGACGCCGGCUUUGCAGCGAUCCUCAAGAUCCCCUGGAUAAUGUUGAACAGUGUCUCAUACAAUUCGAUGCUGGAAGAGAUGUUGGACGAAGUGCGUUCGGUGUCGACAGUGCCAAUGUUUAUGAACGACGCGCCCCUGCCUAUGAGCUUCAAGGACAGGAUCGUCAACACAGCCAUGCAUUUAAUGCUGGUUUUCGGCAACUUCAUGCACAGUUUCUCAGUAGAAGCGGACUACAACACCCUCUACGGCCCACUGGCGGCCGCGCGGGGCGUCACCCUCCCCCCAUUCUCCGAGAUAAAGAACAACAUCUCAAUACUCCUCGUCAACUCCCACCCUUCGGUCGCGGUGACACCUGUCAUGCCAGCGAACGUCAUACAGAUAGCCGGGUAUCAUAUACAGGAGCACGUGCCGCCAUUGCCUGAGGAUUUAAAAUCCAUCAUAGAUAGCUCCCCGUGCGUGGUGUACUUCAGCAUGGGGUCGGUGAUCCAGUCGGCGGAGCUCCCGGCGGAGACGCAGCGCGCGCUGGCGCAGGCGCUGGGCGCGCCGCGCUGCGCCGUGCUCUGGAAGCUGGAGCGCGCGCUGGCGCUGCCUCUGCCGCGCAACGUGCACGUGCGCCCGUGGAUGCCGCAGACCAGCAUCCUGGCCCACCCCAACGUGAAACUGUUCAUAACCCACGGAGGCAUGCUCAGUUCGCUGGAAGCUUUACACUACGGCGUCCCGCUGCUGGCGGUGCCGGUGUUCGGCGACCAGCCCGGCAACGCGGCGCGCGCCGCCCGCGCGGGCUACGCCAGGACAGUGCCCUUCUCUCACGACAUGGGCCCGCUGCUGGAGAACACUCUCAAUGAAAUGCUUGCCAAUGACACAUACUACAAGCGAGCCAAGUACCUUUCGAAGCUGUUCCGUAACCGCGCGGUCCCGGCUUCGAAGUUGAUCUCUCACUACAUUGAGAUUGCCAUUGAAAGCAAAGGGGCCUACCACCUCCGAUCGCCAGCCAAUCUCUACGCGUGGUACGAGAGGUGGAUGCUUGACCAAGUGGCUGCAGUCUUAGCAGUGUUAGCUCUUCUUGUAAUAAUCGUGAAGAAGCUAUUCUCAUUCUUCACAUCGGGGAAGAAGGAGAAGCGGAAAGAGAAGAGAAAUUGAGAUUAUAUUGUUCAUACUUUUUAUUGUUAAUAAAAUGUGUUUUUGA